CCUCACUGAUUUAUAUUUAUCCAAUCAGGGAACAAAGUCCAGUUAUUCUGGGAGCGAGAGCUACGCAACAGGAUGGCUCCGCUGGCUCACAGUGUCCUGCUGACAGGCUCCAACCGGGGAAUUGGGCUAGAGAUGGUGAAGCAGCUUGUGGAGAUGACAGAUCCUCCAGAGCACAUCUUUGCAACUUGCCGGAAUCCCGCUGGACCCCAGGGAAAGGCCCUGCGUGAUCUGGCUGACAAACACUCCAGGAUUCAUGUGAUUCAGUUAGAGGUGGAAGACCAGUCCAGUGUGAAGGCUUCUGUGGCAGUGGUGGAGUCCCAUCUAAAUGGCAAAAGCCUAAAUUUGCUCAUCAACAAUGCCGGAGUAAACUCUUUAGCCUCGCUGGAAACUGUGCAACCAGAAGAAAUGUUGUCCGUGUUCAACACCAAUGUAGUAGGACCCAUUCUUGUGGUCCAGGAGUUCCUGCCCCUACUGAAGAAGGCAGCGAGAGAGACAGCGACGGAGGGAAUGAGCUGCAGGAAGGCGGCCAUCAUCAAUAUAACCUCCAAACUGGGCUCCAUUGAAAGGGGAUUUGAGGUUAUGAUGGACCCUAUGUUGCCGUACCGUGCGAGCAAGGCUGCAUUGAAUAUGAUGACUGUGUGCAUGGCGUGGGAACUGAAAGGAGACGGGAUCUUGUGCACAAUGAUCCAUCCUGGCUGGGUGAAAACAGACAUGGGAACGGAAAAGGCACCUUUGUCGGUGGAGUGCAGUGUGCGGGGCAUCCUCCAAGUCCUUACUAAUUUAUCCUCAUCGGAAACAGGAGCUUUUCUGGACUGGGAAGGAAGGCGCCUCCCUUGGUGAGGGGAUUCUGGUCAGAGAUCCAGGGCUGGCCUCAACUCCUCUGGCUCUCAGUAGCCCCUGCAGACCGAAACCUCCAGAAAACAUGAUUUUGGUCCUCAAAACCUUA